CACAGAGGAAAUUACAAGAGAUGAUGGACAAUGCUAAGAGUCUUGAAGACGAACGUAAAAAUCGUCUUGAAAAGAUUAAUAGAGAGGAAAAAGAGGAAGAAAAUCGAUUAGCUGAAGAAAAGAGGAAAACGGUUGAGAAGGGAAUACAUUCGAAUUAUUUAAAGAAAGCAUACAAAGAUGUAUAUUCAUCAAAUUCGUCGUUCGAUUUGGGAGAACGAGUCCGUAGGCAUCGUGGUACAAUGCAGAAAGCCUAUGGGGAAUAA